AUGUCUCGCGGACUUGCCAAGCAACAGGCCAAGGAGAAGGCCGCCAAGAAGAACCAGAAGCUGAAGGGCAGCUCCAAGCACGACCACAAGGCCGCGCGCGCCGCUCAGCUCAAGCUCGUCUGCAGCGUGUGCAGGGCACCCAUGUCUGACAAGAGCGUGUACAAGUCUCACUUCCAGGCCAAGCACCCCAAGGCACCCACGCCUCCCGAGUUGCAAUGA